AUUAAAAUUUUAAAGAAGCCCACAAACUUCCUGAAAAAAACGACCACAAAAGAAACGAGCGUUUUAGCGCCCUGCAAAUAUUAUCUCCUCCAUUAACAUCUUCAGAAACCUUGACGCUCUUUUCAAUACAGAAUAACCUUAAUUAAAGAAAAGUGCCAGCAAUCAAGAAUUCUUAUCGUUUCCGAGGAAUAAAUCUGGUUUGUGGUUUUCUAGGCCUCGAGAAGCGAGCCUGAUUUACCGUCAGAUUGCAGAAGUCCGCCUUCACUGAAUUUCACGUCAUCUCAAGUAAUGAGCGGCUUUGAGUUGGAUGACCGUCAGAUUGCACACCCUCGCGGUCGCCGAAUUUCACGUUAUCUGAAGUAAUGGGCGGUUAUGAAUUAGACACAGUUGAGCUCUGUGAAAUUUGUUUCUAUUGGUCCACCUAGGUCUUUGAUAAGGAUUAGGUGAAGGAACUUGGGCAAAUUGGGUAGCGGAAGAUUUCGUUGGGGUUUACUAUGGCGGCGUUUUGGAGCGCUGCUGGUGGCUCUGCAGCAGUCUCCUGCCUGAAAUCUGGGGGCACCGUGAAAUCUGUAGCGGAGGUGCCAAACCUACGGCCUCUGCGCCGCCAACGACAGGUUGUGGUGGCGUAUAAAAGCUGCCCUCAUUUGAAUUUUAGUUGUAAUAAUAAUAAUAUUAAACUGAAAAUAAAGGCAAUGGCGGAGCACAAAGGAGGUGCUGAGCAGGUUUUAGCGCGGCCUAGAAAAGCUGCGGUUGCAGAGGCCCACGGUAGUGAUAAUAAUGAUGGCACACCCUCGCGAACAUGUCUUUCUGAAGAAGAGCUCUUCUUGAGCAUGAAGAAGAAAAUUGAAGCCAAACGAUUACCUGCUAGUGCUGCAGCUGCAAUGGAGGACGUAUAUCGAAAUUAUCAGAAUGCAGUUUUUGAGAGUGGGAAUCCCAAUGCAAACGAAAUAGUCCUUUCAAACAUGGCAAUAGCUUUUGACCGGAUUCUGUUACAGUUUGAGGAUCCUUUUACAUUUUCUAAUUAUCACAGAGCAAUACGGGAGCCUUUUGAUUACUACAUGUUUGGACAAAAUUACAUUCGGCCAUUGAUUGAUUUCAGGAACUCAUAUGUUGGAAAUUUAUCAGUUUUUCAUGAGAUGGAAAAACUCCUAAUGCAGGGUCAUAAUAUUGUAUUGAUUUCAAAUCAUCAAUCUGAAGCAGAUCCUGCCGUUAUUGCACUAAUGCUGGAAACCACAAACCCAUUAAUUGCAGAGAGGAUAACAUAUGUAGCAGGAGAUAGGGUGGUACUGGAUCCAGUUUGUAAGCCUUUCAGUAUGGGAAGGAAUCUUCUCUGUGUCUACUCAAAAAAACACAUAAAUGAUAUACCGGAGCUUGCUGAAAUGAAAAGAAAAGCAAAUACACGGACAUUGAAGGAGAUGGCUUUGCUUCUAAGGAAGGGUAGCCAACUGAUCUGGAUUGCUCCGAGUGGUGGUAGAGACCGUCCGCAUCCAGUUUCAAAGGAUUGGUUUCCGGCUCCUUUUGAUGAUUCAUCUGCAGAUAAUAUGAGAAGGCUUUUAGAGAAUUCUGGUGUUCCUGGACACAUAUAUCCUUUAGCAUUGCUUUCCCAUGACAUCAUGCCACCCCCACUCGAGGUUGAAAAGGAAAUAGGUGAAAAGAGAAAGAUUGGGUUUCAUGGAGUUGGGAUAUCUGCAGCUCCUGAGAUAAGGUUCACUGGCUUUUCUGCUGGCCUUGAAAACCAAGAAAAGGUAAAGGAAGAUUUCUCAAAAGCUAUAUAUGAUACAGUUGUCAUGCAUUACAAUGUCCUCAAGUCUGCCAUUUAUGGAGGCAAAGGGGUGGAUGCUUCCAGUUCCUUUGUCAGCCUUUGUCAACCUUGGAUGCAUUCAUCUGCAGCUUCAAACUUUGAAAAGCUAUCGGAUUCUUUCCAUCUUGGCCACUAAAGUGCCAGCCUCCUGUACCAAUUGUACUCUGUAAAAUAUAACAUUUGAUAAAGCAAAUUUUGUACAAUAAUGUGUUAACAUAGUAAUGAAUUCAAGGAGUUGGAGUAGAAUGAGAGCCAAAUUAUAUAUUUUAAGGAAAUGUUUGUUUAUUUUCUAAUCUUGUAAAGAGACGCACAUGCACUGAUUCAUUCCAUUGAAUUGUCAAAACCAGUAAUUUUAAAAAAUAUCUUCGGUUUGUUCA